UUGCCGAUUUGGAAGUUGAUGAUGAAGUACCCAGUGAUGACAGCGUGGACGUACGAACAUAUUUUCCAGAGACAUGGCUGUGGAAACUCCAGCCAAUCCCAUCAUCCGGUUCCGUGGAGACAGAGUUGAAGGUUCCAGACUCCAUCACUGAAUGGAAUGGCCAGAUGUUCUGUACAAAAGCUGGAAGUUUUGCUCUCUCUAAACCCACAACACUGAAUGUUUUCAAACCAUACUUUGUGGAGUUGACUUUGCCAUAUUCAAUAAAGCGUGGAGAGACCUUUCUCCUCAAAGCAAAUGUGUAUAACUACAUGCAAGAAUGCAUUCAGACUGAAGUCACCCUGCUUCUUUCAGAAGAUUUACGUCUGAAGGGAACUGAUAAAAAUAUCCAUAACACCUGCCUCUGUGCUGGAGAAAAGAAAACCGUCUCCUGGCCAGUGACUAUAACCAGCACAGGACAUAAAAACAUUACGGUCUCAUCUCAGGCUGUAGGUAGCCAGGACACCUGUGGCGGGCAGGAGACAAUGUUCCUUCAAAAAGGACAGAAGGACACAGUGAUAAACUCAUUGCUGGUAGAGCCCGAGGGUACUCCAGUGGAGCAGACACACAACUCCUUGCUUAUUUGUGAUGGAAGCUCUGUAGAAGAAAAGGUAAAGCUUGACCUUCCAGAAACAUAUGUAGAAGGAUCAGCGAAAGCAUCUAUCAAUGUCUUUGGAGAUUUAAUGUCGUCUGCACUGAACAAUUUGGACAAUCUCUUGGCCAUGUCGUAUGGUUGUGGAGAACAAAACAUGGUGCUUUUUGCCCCCAACAUCUACAUCCUGCAAUAUUUAAAGUCCUCCCAGCAGCUCAGUGAAGAGAUUGGCAACAAAGGGAAAGAUUUCUUAACAAAAGGAUACCAACGUCAGUUAACCUACAAACACAAAGCUGGGUCUUACAGUGCGUUUGGAGAGAGUGACAAAGAGGGGAACACAUGGCUCACUGCAUUCGUCCUUAAGAGCUUCACACAAGCCCAGGAUUUUGUCUAUAUAGAUGAGGAGCAUGUAAAUAAUGGGAUUAAAUGGAUGGAGAAACAGCAGAGAUCAGAUGGUUGUUUCAAGGCCACAGGACGUCUGUUACACAAUGCUCUGAAGGGUGGAGUUGAUGAUGAGGUUUCUCUCACAGGUUAUGUCCUGGCUGCUUUAAUGGAAGGUGGUAUGUCUCCUGAUAAUCCUAUGGUGGAAAGAGGCAUGAAAUGUCUAAAAAAUGCAUCUCUAGAGGAGGCUAGCACCUACAAAAUGGCCCUAAUGGCCUACGCUUACACUUUGGCAGAUCUUCCAGAUGCCCGAGAUGAACUUCUUCAGAAAUUGGACAGUAAAGCAAUAAAAGCAGAUGGUUCAACACACUGGACCCAGGCAUCCAAAGCUGAAUCAGAUAGUUUCUGGUCCAAACCCAAGUCUGUGGAUGUAGAAUUAACAUCAUACGUUCUUCUGUCAAAGGCUUCAGCCAAAAAAGUGUCUAAGAAGGAGAUUGGAGAAAUGGUGGCCAUCAUGCGAUGGUUAUCAAAACAGCAGAAUGCCAACGGAGGAUUCUGUUCCACUCAGGACACGGUGGUCGCACUCCAAGCUCUGGCUAAGUUUGGAUCACUGACUUUCUCCAAAGCUGGGAAUGUCACAGUAACGGUUAGCUCACCGAAUGGCUUCCAGCAUGAGCUCCAUGUAGAUGACAGCAAUCGUCUCCUCCUGCAAAGGACUUCCUUACCACACAUCCCUGGAGAAUAUACCAUUUCUGCCACAGGCAUGGGGAGUGUUUAUGUACAAGUAACUAAGAGAUACCAUAUACCCCCACCAGAAAGAGAAGCCACCUUUAAUCUGUCGGUUGUGACCCAGUGCACCAAGAAAGACUUAUUGGAGAUUGCAGUGGAGUUUUGGUACCAAGGAGAGCGUCCUUCUACUAACAUGGCCCUUGUGGAUGUGAAGAUGAUUUCAGGAUAUGUUCCCCAAAAGGAAUCCAUAGAAAAAUUAAAAAAAAAUUCAGCAGUUAAAAGAGUGGAAACUAAUGAUGACAGUGCAAUUAUCUACAUUGAAGAGGUGACUUCACAGCCUCAGAUUUUGAAAUUUGUUGCUGAGCGAAAAGUCCAAGUGACUGACCUAAAACCUGCCAUUUUAAAGAUUUAUGACUAUUAUAUACCAGAGGAGGAGAAAAUUAUCAACUACUUGAGAAUUUGCACUUAGGAGAAUUAUUCUCAUGUUCCUGAACGGCUAUUCUUCAUUCAACUUGACGUUUCAGAAUAUCAAAACAUUCCUUGUCUAUACUUCCACACGCACACUCAGACACACUCAAAUACAGUCACACACUCACACAUACUCACUUAGAUACAUACACUUUGAAAUAUACACACAGUGACAAACGUAUAUACAUGCACAUUUUGAUAAAACAUUCUCACUAGCGCACUCCCUUCAAAGACACAUGUUUAUGUUAAUAAAUGCAUUCAUUCUUUGAAGACUAGUCACAUGGAUGUUCUCUUAUUCCUG